AUGCCGGUGAUGUGCGGCACUUCCAACUCAGACUUUGAGGCGCUCAAGCUCCCCCUUGGCGCUAGGUUGGCUGAAGCACUCAUUGCUGUAAUUGCUAUCGGCUUGGUUACAUUGGUCUACACUCUCCUCAUUCAGCGAGGAGCACUUAUGGCGACGACCUGUGUUUACCCCCAGAGACCAAUCGAAGCUAAUAUCAGUCACCUGUUGAAUGCGGCAUGGCCUUCAUCGAGUGAGGAAGUCGGCACUUCCUGGGAAUCGAACCAGUCGGCACCAAAGGGACAAGGCAACAGUAUCAUACAGUUAUUCUACAUCGGGAAGAUGAAGGACGACUCACGAGAUGGCUUCGUCGCUAAGGGGAGACAGCAAUCGAUUGCGGAGCCAUCAGGAUCACAGAAUCGACGAUCCGUUUGGUUAACAUCAGGAUCGCCACUAACCAGAAACGUAGUGCAGAUUAUGGUGUGGGAGUGGGCCUCCUUGUGGUUGAUGAUUAUUAUGAGUGUUGCCCUACUUUUAUUCAAUGGCUUCUUCACCAGCAAUGUCAAUCUGGAUAGUUACCCCCGCCUCACAAUUACCUUGAUUUACUCUGCGGCCUUCAUGGCUCACUUCUCCUUUGUUUGGAUUGCUUCCUUAGAAUUUUUCGGGUUAGUGUUUGCUGGCGCCAGCUGGAGUCUUCUGGAAAAGUCAAAGUUUGUUAUAGCGGAAACCCACAAGCUUCAAAGCCACUCGGUCGGGACACCAUUCAAGUUCCGAAGCAUCGACAAAGCCAACGAGGCAUAUGUGCCAAUGACCUUCGCUGCUAGGCUUGGAAAUCCUACACCACAAUCUCCAACACUUGCUCUGUCUUCCUCAACAAUGGCUGAUGUAGCCAAAGGCCAGAAUCUAGAGCUAGGGGAGGGCGCCGCCGAGCUUAGUGUCACUCUGGAAACGAUCAAUUCUAUCCAAAAAGCAGAAAGAGAAUAUUCUACAGAGGCAUCCAGACAGUCUCUGGACCGCGUCAUGGCUAAUGCAAUGAUGAUGAUGGCGGUGACUCUGGUGAACGGCUUUGCCUCGUGGACCUCGAGCCAAUUCACGGAAAACAGUCCCAAUAACACGACAACCACUCAAAUUGGGUCGCUAGCACUACUUGCCUCUCUGUCACUUGGGGCCACUACCAUGUUCUCCUCUGCGAUGCAGCUGAACAUCAUGAAGUCAUCCUUCCGUACUAUUUUAUCGCUUAAAGAAAUGAAGAUAAAUGGUCUUGCACUCGAUCUCCAUCGAAAGACGCGCACUAGGACUGCCUCUUCUUGGCACAUCGACCAUCCAAAAGCAGUGGCGUUCACAGAAUCGAAUGGCAUUGCCAUAGCGGAUGUUAAAAUCGCGGAUUUCUUUGCUGCCAAUCGUUCCUUCGGGUACACCGGACUUAUCGGCAUUGUGCUCCUUGGACCAGGUUAUGCUAUGCUCCCUCGCUUUAGUGAUUAUCAUCGCAAAUCAGCCGAGGUUGAAUUCGACUUCGAGGCACCAAUUGACGGUGGAAAGGUUGUUUUAACGACAAGGGAGACUGAUCGUCAUGCUAAACGAGAGGGCAAUGGAAAUCUUGACCCAGUUGUUGUCUGCUACAUGCCAGAUGAAAGCUUUGGAAAGGAGCCGUGUUGA